AUGCAGCACGCCUGCCUGGCUCUGCAGCCCGAGGGCCGGGCCUCAGAAACGGUGAUGGGCGUCGCAGAGCGCGCUGCCCUGGCCGUGGUAGAAGCCGAGUCAAGAGCGGUGGCUUUUGGUGGCUCUACCAUUGCUGUGCUGUGCCAACAUCAAGCACAGAUAGGAGUCGCCAACCUAGGCGACAGCGGCUUCGUUCUUCUGCGACGGGGAAUGAAUGGAAUGAACAUCAUCAAGAGAUCCCGAGAGCAACAACACAGUUUCAACUGCCCACACCAGCUCACUCACUUACCUGAGGCCCUGUUGAGACGCAUCCCGAAGGAGAAGCUCGCUGAAGCCGACACGGCCAAAGACUGCGAGAGAUAUUGUGCAGACAUCGCAGAAGGUGAUCUCGUCCUCAUGUUCUCAGACGGUUUCUCAGACAACAUCCACGAUCACGAGCUGCUCCACAUCGUUGACAAGACACUGCCGCCAGCCCAUGCAUACAUACCUCCGGCUAGCAUCGCAAAGGCCCUGGCCUUGGCUGCCCAGGAGAGAUCAGUGGAUGCAACGGCCACGGUGCCAUUUAACACAGCCGCAAGGAGCCACGGUUACGAGUCCCUUGGCGGCAAGGAGGACGACAUCACCGUCGUAGCGGCGUGGGUGGUGUCUGCGAAGUCAGGGCUCAGUCCGAACACUGCGGACAAGCUUCUGAAGGACUUGCACACCACAGAGAUACCUCGCGAAGAGUGCCCUUCCCAACAGCGGCACACACCAGAGCUUGCGCGCACACUUUUCGAGUCGAAAAGACGCACCCGAGAUGGGGUGCUGGCUAGCGACACCAAAAACGAGCGGUGUGGGUCAAGGGGGCCAUUAGUCUUCCCACGGAGCUCCUCAAAGGCCGUGUAG